AUGUACAAACAAGGUUACUCCGAACUUCAGCAGCCAGAGUUCGAGGAUUCUUGCAACCACCUCCCUCCUGCACCAGCUGCACAAGGCAGCUCUUCUCCCGCCAUGGAAAACAGACCAGAGACCGAAAGCGGAUCGGAGAUCGAAAGCGGAUCAGAGAUUGAAAGCAGAUCAGACAACGACGAGGAUACCAUCAUGCAAUCACCAGCAGCUCCUCCCAUGACUGAAUAUGUCCCAGACCCCACAUUCGAACCCUUCGUAAACCACUUCCCCCCCAACCGACGCGUUAAUCCUCUUGUCACGCAGUGGCUCCGCAACUGGUUCAUUCUGGCCGAUAUCUUCGCAGACGAUCUCGCAGUCAAGAAGUUCCUAUCCACCAUCACCAUCACGGGUUUCCAUCUACGCGUCUUCAAUGAGCGAGGUAUCAGACAAUACUUCGUGAUCAAGAAUAUGUUGUGUGGUGGCACAUCUCCUGCCGGACAGAUGGGACCGCUGUUUGACGCUGAAGUGAUUGGGAGAUUGAUAGGGGAUGUAUUGGAGGCUCGGAGAAGGGCCAUGGCAUGCCGCAAUCAGGAUUGGGAUGAGAUGUAUGAGGAUACGAGAAGGAUGUUGGGAAUGACUAGCGAAGAUUUGUUGGAGGAGCUGUUUGGUGAGGUGGAGAAUGAGAUUAGUGACAGUGAGGAUGAGGGUCAGAGUAAGCUUUGGCACAAGCACGGCGAUGAGCUGUGGGAGGGACAGCAGCUACAGCGCUUGGGUGACUUAUGGGCACCAGAGCAUAGCUUUGACUCGAUGAGACCGAUAACAGAGACUGGACCUGGAGAGCCGACAUCGUUUAGAGGCUUUACCUUUCCACUUGCACCCCCUCCCGACAGACCCUUUCCUCAUCCGACGAGAAUCGACGAAUCCAACAAGAAGGGAAAAGGCAAGGCCAAGAAUAGGGGAAACGGUAAGGGAAAAGAUACUGAUGAGGGAAAAGGCAAAGGAAAGGAAACAGAAGAUUCAGACUCAGACUCCUUCGAGAAAGCGUACGAGAGACAGCAAGAGUUCAGGAAGAGGCGCCUCCGGAAAUUCCGAGACAUGUUUAGGGACGUUCAAGCAGGCAUCCGACAAUCUUAUGAUGAAACAACAGCCAUAAUCCAGGGCUCAAGCAACGGGGGGACGGUGGCAGAGUCAUCAUCAUCCGCUUCGGCACGCGCAGUCAUCGAGGAAGAUGAUGAUGAAUCAGAUCUCACCGACGGGGAAAUUGAGUACAGAGAAGAAUUCUAUAUGAGAUUCUUUGGCUCGCACGCCUUCCUGGAAGAUGAGUCUGAUGCCGAUGCUGGUGACAGUGAGGAUGAAGAGGAUGAAGAUAAUGAGGAUGAGGAAGAUAAUGAGGGUGAACAGGAUAUUGAGGAAGAAAGAGGUAAUGAGGGUGAAGAAGAUAAUGAUGAAGAGGACUUCGAGGAUGAUGAGGAUGAGUAUGAAGACGAAGAGCUGUAUGUGGAUUAUGGAGAGUUGAUUACAUAUCCAAGAUAUUGA